AUGGCGGCUGUCCGUACGGACGUGUUUUCUGUGUUAAAUUUUUUGUUGCUGUUAUUUUUGGCAUUAGUCAACAAUGUUUCCUGUAAUAGUUGUGGGAAAACUAUUAGAAGAAAUCAAACAUCAGAGAAAUGUUAUACGUGUAAAAAUUUAUCUCACUUGAAAUGUUUAAAUGAUAAAUUUGUUUGUGAUGAAGAGAGAUUUUUCUGUGUUGACUGUACUCCUGCUGAUCCUGAAUAUAUCAUAAAUUCACUUGAUCCUGAAAUUUCUGGAUUUAUUGGAAAGAAAGGAUUUAAAAUCAUGCACCAAAAUAUUAAUGGGAUCGAAGAAAAGUUACAUCACAUAAAAUCAUUCUUGUUAGAUACCAAAAACUCUGUUCAUAUUAUCAGUUUCUCCGAAACUCACACAAACAACACUGUUACAGAUGCACAAUUAAAGAUUCCGGGGUACACACUCGAACGAAAAGACCGUGAGGGUUUAGAAAUUGAAGGAAUUGAAUUUCUAUGGAUUGAAUUCUUCCCCAAAAAAUCGAAACCGUUGCUCAUAUCUUCAUGCUACCGACCCCCUGAUAACUCAAAAUACCUCGACAAAAACUUUGUUGAAAAAUUUAACAAUAUUUUGGAUGCGAUUACAGCAGAGAACAAAGAAACGAUUAUGUGCGGGGACUUUAACUGCAAUUAUAAGGUCCCCAGAGACCAUUCCGACUUGAAAGAUCUUGUAAAACUGCACGGUUUCAGUCAGUUAAUAAAGUCAUACACGCGAAUAACAAAGAACAGUAAAACACUUAUCGAUUUGUUCUAUACGACAAACAAAAUAGUAAUUACCGAUACAUUGGUGCACACAAAUUCAAUAAGUGAUCAUUGUUUAAUUGGCAUCAAUAGAAAGAUGAACUGUAAACGCUAUCAACCAAAAAGAAUAACGGCGCGUGAUUACUCUCGAUAUAACAAAGAAGACUUACAGAACGAACUUCGUAACAUACCUUGGGAAAACUGUUUAGCUGUCGAUUUCAACAAAGGCUGGGAUUUAUUCAAAAAUUAUGUCACAUCUACCAUCAACAAACAUUCACCACUGAAGGAGAGAAAUGUUCGGGGAAAGCCCAGUCCCUGGUUGACACGAGAAAUACGUCAGUUGAUGCACACAAGAGAUUAUCAACUACGCCGCUUCAAACAAACUAGCCUUGAUGCUCACUGGGACAAUUAUAAGAAACUCAUAAAUACUGUAACAAAAAAGAUACGUGCUGCAAAAGCAAACCACAUCAGAAAUGUAUUUAAGCAAUCCACUGACAAACCUAGCGACUUCUGGAAGCAAAUCAAAAACUUCUAUCCUACUAAGGGUACAUGUGCUCCAAGUAAAUUUUUCAAAAUCAAUGGGGAAAAUGUAUCGAAUCCCAAAUGUAUAUCAAAUGCAUUUUGUUCGUUUUUUACAAAAGUCGGAUCCAAAUUAUUGAACUGUAAAAUCAUUAAUUACACAUGGAAAAUGUUUGACCAUCGGGACCCCCUGAAGGAUAUAAACCGAACUAAUGCAACAUUUAAGUUUAAAGAAUUAACAUUCCGAGAAACAUUAAAAAUCUUAGAAUCGACAAAUGCAUCGAAAGCGGCAGGUCCGGACACAUCACCUGCAAGAAUUGUAAAGGAUAUUGCUACCGUAAUUGCAGCACCACUUACGUUCUUAAUAAAUGCAAGCUUGUUAUCUGGCACCUUUCCAACAUCAGAGAAAACUGCAAAAAUUAACCCUGUGUUUAAAAAUGGAGGUCGCAGUAAUAUUGAUAAUUACCGUCCGAUUUUUUGUGCUCAACAUCCUGUCGAAGACCAUCGAAAGAGUCGUUUAUAA